UCCAUUUUUUUUCAUUUUGAUUUAAAUUUUUUGUAGAAUAUGGGUAAUAUGAUCACCUCAUGCUACAUCCCUGAUGAGUGGAUCAGCAGCCACUCACACUUCCUUAUUUUUGAGGAAGUAGAUCGCGAGGUCGGGAUGUGCUUGCUGAAUGAUGAUACGGCUAUAAAAUGCGAAUGGUUAUGGGACCAUAUCUUCACCAUUGACGGUGAAAUGCCAACCCGGUUAACUUGGACUGAUGAUCAUUGGUGGUUCAAGUUAACCCAUGAUUCAGCAGAUGAACCAUCAGCUGAGAAUUAUACACUGGUUGAGGAGCGCGCUGUUGAUUUUUUUAAAAAUCAAGCGAUGUUGGGUUCACCAACAGUCGCACCACCUCCAUCGCUGGUCAACACACUGAUGGAGUCAACCGGAUGGUUCAAUGUUGAUGAUGAUCAAUCAAUGGAUACAGCAAUCGAUGAUGUGCUGAAUGAUCAGCUCGACAUCGACGAACUGCUGGGAGUAGCCGAGCAGCAGCAGCAGCAGCAGCAGCAGCAGGAUCGAGAGCAGCAGUGCAGACGACGGCCAGCAGCUCCAUUGAUUCAUGGGGGUAAGCCCCUUUGGUAUACCCGUAAACCACCAUCACCAGAGAUCAGCGACUCUGACUCAACAUCAACUUAUGAUGUUGAAGUUGAAUUGAUGCGUGGAUUGGACCACAUACGUGAGCAGCAGUCGAUGGAGAUUGAGAGACUCCAACAAGUUCAGCAGCAGCAGCAGCUUCAGAUGGAGCAGUGGCAGCUUCAGAUGGGGCAGCAGCAGCUUCAGAUACAGCAGCAGCAAUCGGACCUGCAGCGGCAUCAGGAACGUGAACAGUGGCUCGAAGGGGAAGUAAAACGUUUACGAGCGCUGCAGGACCUCGAUGCUUCAGUAUUCGUAGAGCAAAGCCAGGAAAUCGAUUACUGGCAGCUCCAAUACCACCAACUGCAACGAAAUUGUCAGGUGCUGCUGAACCAGUUAAAUAUGGAAGCUGCUGACUUCAAUGGACUAAACAUGGACGGUGAAUUUUAA